GGGGUCUCACUGCCUGAGUGAUCGCAGAGUCCUGCCGCCAUGAAGGAUGAAGAGAGCGAGUCUUUACCCACUCUGGAAGAGGCUGGGUAUGGGAUGCACUCAGGAGCAAGGGCAAGUGGUUCCGAAAGUGCUCCUUGGUGGGGGGUGCUCCCCUCUUCAGUCAGGCCUCCUUCUCUGCCUCAGGAAACCAAAGAAGCUUGGGGGGCUUCAAGGGCAGAACGCCCCUCCUUUGACAGCUAUGGUGCAUCUGCGACAUCCAUCUGCAGCUUCACUGAUGACUCAGGCUACCAAGGGGGCCACGAACUGACCAGCGGAGAAGACUGCAGCACCGCUCAGUCCAGGAGCCAGAAGAGGAACAAGGUUGCCAUUCUCCAAAUGAGGAGAAAGAAGAUGGAGGAGGACACGGAGGACACGGAGGACACGGAGGAUGGGGCAGAGGGGCCCCCUCCGUCUUCGAAAUCUCCGAGGACAAAAGGCAGGCAAUGCCCGUGCAGGAAGACCUGCCAACUGAGGCACAAUGAGUGCUUGAGCAUCUUGGAAAAUAGCUUGAACCCCUCCACAGAGGAGGUCAAGCUGUCCUGCUGGAGUUUGGCCACGUUUUACCAGUACUUCUGUAGCUGUUGCCACAGGACACAGAAGUCAGUGGAGGAAAACAAGGCUUCGGGCUCCAGGGACGGGAAGGCCACGUGCAGCUGAGUCUAUCCCAGACCCAGUGGCUGAUGGUCCAGGGCUCCCAUGGGCUCCUUAGGAAACUCCAGGCAAAGGCCGGGGUGGAAGUUGGCAGGAGAGCGUAAUCUUC